AUGUCCGAAGCUAUUUGUUACUAUGCUCGACACCACUUCGAUUCCGAGUAUGUCAAUGAGAAGAGCAAGGCGAAGUUGAACAGAAGAUGGUUCAGUCUUGCCUCCCGAGCCAUCGACGCUAGUGAGGUUAUCAUCCACACCUCAGUAACAAUGGACGCUCGACUCGACCGCGACGCACAGCUAAAACAGCUUUCAUCGCAAACUCGACUGCCGGAGCAGACCUGGUACGAAUGGUUCUGGGGCAUCAAAAAGGCUGUGCCCGCCCGAUCAACCGAUGCCGCGACCUCCGAGGCGAUCAAGACGCACUUUACGCAAAUGCUUGACCACACCGAGCCUCCGGCCGUCUUCAAGCCGAGCGAGGUAGCACAACUGCUCAAUGAUGAAGAGCUGGCGUCGCUGGGGUAUGAGAAGUGGGAAGAAGCUCUGCCUGGGGUGUAUGAACUUGCUUUCGAAGAGAGGGAGUUUGGCAAUUGUGAGAUUCUGCGAAAGGGGAAAGUGAUUGGGGAGGAUGUUACGAUUGCGGAUCUUGAUGGUCCUAUACGGAUUCGAAGGGUGAUAUGGUGA